AUGGAGUCAUACGCUGUUGAACCUGAAGCCGGGAUGGCUAAUAGUGCAGCAGACCUCAUUUGGACUCAAGCCAUCAUGAAUUUCCAUUUGACUGACAACGAGAUCCUCAUUCCACUCAAUAUCACUGCCGUUAUUGGAUCUUCGAGUAUUGAUCAACUCAAAUCGCAACUAUCGACUUUUCUGGGCCGUGCUUGCGUGGCUUUCGUUGAUGAGUCCCUGGGAUGUGUUCGAAUUCUAGCCCGGCCGGAAUUCCAUGGUCUAGGAUCGGCUACUGAUAACAUGGUGAUGGCUCAAACGUCGACUGAAAGACAAUUUGAACUUAGCGAUUGUCCAGUCAGAUCUCCUGAAAAGAUAAACAAGAAGAUAGAAAAGCGCAACAAAGUUCCUCGACCCCCUAAUGCUUUCAUUCUCUAUCGCAAGCAUUAUCACUCUAUUCUCAAAGAACAAGAUCCAAACAUGCAUAACAAUGACAUUUCUGUCACUGUCGGAUCGCUCUGGAACAACGAGUCGGAGGAGAUCAAGGCUCACUUCAGAGAACUCGCUGCUGAGGCCAAGCGUGAACAUGCUCUGAAAUAUCCAGACUAUCAAUACGCUCCACGCAAGCCCUGUGAGAAAAAGCGUCGAAACUCUCGCAAACCCUCUGGAAAUUCCGAUUUCGAUGCACUUACCGAAGACGAAGAGGACCAUGAGGAUCAUUCCCUUCAAACCCCAUGCGAAUCUCCUUUGAAUUCCAGCCCCUCUACCGUGGCCAGCGGACAGGAUCAGGACUAUUUCGCCGACCACACAAUUGAAGAACUGAUGGCUUUCGUUGCUGUUCCCUCUCCCCCUCCUGAAUCCUACAGCUAUUCAGACUUUGAUGGUACUGAGUACACCGGCUGGGUCAACACUGCCAAUACCGCACAAAGAAUGGCAGCGGUCGCUCAGUACAAUGCGCGAAAUCAGGCUCAGGCCCAUAUCCAAGCUCGAGCUCUAAAGAACAAUACACCCAAGUUUCGAUAG